GGAUCAAACUAAAACCGACUUAAUUUCGGUUUGGAUUGGAUUAAAAUAUGGUUUGGUUUAUCUCGGGUCUGUGAAAUAUGGAAGCUUUUAACUUUACCUUCCUUAUAAACCACCACAAACCCUACCACACACACUGGAUUUCAAAGCAUUAUUUGUUUACGAACUUCCGAAUUAGGGUUUACUGGCGAUAACUUGUGAUCAUGUCAUUAGAUUUGAAGAUGCAAGAGAAAUUUACUUGGGUUUUGGAAAACUUCUCAUCUUUGCAAGACGAGUGCUACUCUCCCGUCUUCGCGGUCGCCGGCUGCAAUUGGCGUCUUCUUGCUUGUCCCAGAGGAGUUAGGAGGAAUGAUCGUUACUUUUCCGUGUAUCUUGAUCUUGCGCCUGAAUCUUCGCCACCAGGAUGGAGAAGAGAAGUGAAAUUUAGCAUUACUCUUGUCAAUGUUUGGCCUAUUGCGAACAGAGUAUUAGGAGAGCCAUGCUUUUUCGAUGCAAAGACUAGCAAUUGGGGUUUUGAAGAUUUCUUGCUCCUUGAAAAACUUUGUAAUAAAGGGGAAGGAUUUUUGGUGAAUGACAGACUCACUAUCGUCGCUGAAGUACAUGUUUUACCACCUAUUGUUGUGCCAUUGGAACCUGUGAAGAUUAUUGCAUCUCUGAGUAGCAACGAAAUAAAUCAAGCUGAUAAAUCUCAGGGGGACUCUCCUUGUCAUCAAGUGUCCCAAACAACUGAUAAUGCUGCAUCUCAAGAGAAGUUAGAUGAUAUUGAUGAUGAGAAUGAUGGUGAUGAUGAUGAUGAUGAUGAUGACGACGCCUCUGAAGAGAGUACGGAUGAUGAUGACGGGUCUGAAGAGAGUUCCGAUGAUGAAGAUGCAUCCCAGGAGGAUACAGAUGAUAAUGAUGAUGGAGUUUGUGACAUAAGUCUUUUGAGCCAAUUGAUGAAUGCCUUAGAGGAUGCUUCUCAUACGGAAGAAAAUCAUGGUAUAAGUUGUAAUAGUGUGUUGGCUGAGACUGAGGUUUCCAAUGGUGAAAAUGAUGAUGCACCUAAAAAAGAUGAUGAUGAUGAUGAGGCUUCAUCUCUUGUUUUGAAUGAUAGUGAUAGAAACGGAAGUACUAUAGAACAAGUGAAAGUGACGAGGCUUCAUCUCUUGUUGGAGGAUGCCUCUCAGACAUUUAAAAAUGGUGGUACGGGGCUUAACACCGUGGCAUCUGUUAUGGGGACUUGUGAUAAUGUGCUUAUGGAGAUUCAACAAGUACAGGAAACAGUGGAUAUCAAUGGAUUUGAGGUUGUUUCUUCCAAGGUGGAAUCUGUGAGACGUAUAUUCGAAAGACACCCAGACAUUGCUGUGGAGUUUCGUGGAAAGAACCAACAUCUGAGGAACGCAUGUAUGAAUUUUCUGCUCAGCUUAAUCGAGACGAUGUGCCAAUCACUUGAGGAGCUCUCCAAUGAAGAUCUUGUGGAAGCAGACAUUGCGUUGACAUACUUGAGAGAUGCAGGGUUUAAGGUGGAUUGGUUGGAGAAGAAGCUGGACCAACUAAAGGAAAAGAAGGAGGAAGAGAUGUCUGGUUUGGCCCGGCUCCAUGAGAUAGAGGAAAAUCUAGUGAUAUUGAAGCAAAAGUGGUCAGACCUGGAUGCUCUUGCAGAGAAGGAGAAGGCAGAGUUGUCGGCCACCAGAGCUGCCAUGUCUUUCGAUGAUUUUGUUAACUGACUUGAGUUCUCUUUAGGCAUUUGGUGUUCUGAUAUCUUUUUUUUUGUCCUUGGGUUUCAAAUUAAGAGGAACUCUUGUAGGGUAAUUGAACUUAUGUCAGUAUUUUGCUGCGAGAUGGUCUAUCAAAUUUUUAGCUAACAAA